CAGUCGCGGAACGAUGCGGCGUUCGGGGCGAGGGGCACAGCUGUUGGGAAUUGUGUCUCUUGAGUAACGACCACAGAAAAAAAAGAAAAGAAAAAUAAAAAAAGCACUCAACGCUUUUGUAAACAUUUCGCAGUUUUUCUUCAAACUGAACGAGUUGAGUUCUCUUGGCAGCCGAAAAGCAUUAACAGUUUGGGCCACGAGACGCGCGCGUCUUCAUGCGGAUUGGAGAUCGUACCAGAGCGAAUGCCAUAUAAAAAACAUAAAAAAAAAGACAAAAAAAAAAUAGUAUAUAUAUAUAUUAGCAUAAAUUAAAAACGAUUUAGUAGCUGCGACACGCAAUGCCCACACUGCAGGUGUGUCUGCAAUGGACCGCGGUGGUGUUCAAUACAUUUACUUUGCUAAUUGGCAGCCUGGCCGCCCUGGCUGGCGUCUAUGAGCUGCUCUAUAAACUGGACGAGGGCUCCGCGGAUCACAUUGAUGCGGACAAGAUCAUGCAGUUGGCCAUGGCCGGUAGCCUUAUAUUGGCCGCUGUCAUCGGCUGCUCGGGCGCCUUUUUGGGCUCCAUCAAGGUGCUGGCGGUGCACUUGGUUCUAUUGGUGUUGCUGAUUGGUGCACACGUCUAUCGCCUGGCGCACUACAAUGAGUCCAAGCAUGUGGAUGCCACGGAGGAGUUUGUCAUGGGCGUCUGGAUGAAGGAGCUGGUGCGUCCGGGCGCCAUGCAUCAAGUGGAGCGCAGGUACGAGUGCUGCGGUGACAAAGGCUUCUCGGACUACACCAGCCUGAGCAUGCGUGUGCCCCAGAGCUGUUUCCAUACCAAGGACGGGGUGCAUGCGCUCUAUCCCUAUGCCGAGGGCUGCAUGACAGCCGUUAAACGUGCCCAUUUGAAUAUCUAUCGCUCCGAGAGAUGGGCGCACGGCGGUCUUAUUGGCUAUGAGAUUGUGGGCAUUAUUUUGGGCAUAACGCUGUGUUGUCAGCUGACCACAAAAACACGCCGUUACGCGUACUAGAACUAAGAUUUAUACGCUGCAUUUGCUAAACUACAAUAAACGACUUAACUGCUAUGAUCCAUA